CUCGUAGCAGUCCAACGGCGGACGCUGCGCAGCAACUGGGCUUAUCGGUUAUCUCCACUCCACCCCUCUCCGCGCAAACGCCACUGCAGCCACGCCGCGGCAAGCCGGCAACACCACCAUGGCGCUUCUCCUCCACCCCCGCCUCCCCUCCCACCCUCCCCGCGCGGCCACCCAGCACCACCCCGCCAUCUCGGACGGCUCUUGCCUCGUUCCCCUCCCCGGCCUUGCGUGGAAGCGAAUGCCGUUCGCGGUCACGUGCCGGGCGGCAAGGGUCAAGGAGGCCGCUCCGACCACGCGCGCCGCCCCGCCCCCGCCGGCGUCGCUGGCGAAGGAGGCGCACAAGUACUUCGACCACGCCGUGGUCACGGUCCGCGCGGGCGACGGCGGGCACGGCGCCGUGCUCGCCAUGCCGCCCGCGCCAUCCGCCGACGCCGCCAAGCCCCGCGGCAGGUUUAACAGGGUCGAGAAGAAGAGCAAGAAGGUGUCGUACAAGCGGAACUACGACGGGUCGGUGGCGCUGCCUACGGGCGGGCACGGUGGCGAUGUCGUGGUUUACGCCGACGAGGCCGAGGAGACACUGCUGCGGUUCCAUGAGAAGGCGCGGUACUGUGCCAAGAGGGGCGGGAACGUGGGCGCCGCCGGUGGCACGCUGAGCUCGCGGAUGCACAGCGGGUUCGCCGGGGAGACGCUCAGGAUACCCGUGCCUGUAGGAACUGUUGUGAAGCGCAAGAAGGGGACUGUUCUUGCUGAUUUGGAUCAUCCCGGUGAUGAAGUGCUCGUUGCUAGGGGUGGACAGGGCGGGAUCAGCUUGAUAGAUGUGCCUGAGUACAGGAGGAGGAAAGCCAUGGCUUUAUCACCAAACAUCAUUCGUGAUGCUAGUGACAAGGUAUUAACUCAUGGUCAACCUGGUGAGGAAGUAAGCUUGGAGUUAAUCUUAAGGGUAGUUGCUGAUGUUGGCCUUGUGGGACUUCCAAAUGCUGGAAAGUCAACACUUCUAUCGGCUAUAACUCUUGCAAGACCAGACAUUGCCGAUUAUCCAUUCACUACAUUAAUGCCAAAUCUUGGCCGGCUUGGUGGAGAUCCUGCUUUAGGGGCGCUGCAGUUUUCCUCGGAAGCAACAUUGGCAGAUCUGCCAGGUCUGAUUGAGGGCGCUCAUCUGGGAAAGGGUCUUGGUCGCAAUUUCUUGAGACAUCUAAGGAGAACUAGAGCAAUUGUCCAUGUCGUUGAUGCUGCUGCAGAUGACCCUGUGAAUGAUUAUAAAAUUGUCAGAGAAGAAUUAAGGAUGUAUAACCCCCAAUACCUAGAGCGACCUUAUGUUGUGGUUCUGAACAAGAUUGAUCUUCCUAAGGCCCAUGAUAGGCUAUCAUCACUGGCUUUGGAAAUAUCUUCAAUUGGAUGUGAAGAAGCCCAUAACAAAAAUGACAUCAAUGAUACCAGAAAUGCAAACAUAAGCAAACAUCAGGUUCCAUUGGACGCUGAAGUUGAAGGCAGCGAAAAGGAACUUGAGGACUAUCCAAGACCUCAAGCUGUUGUUGCUGCAAGCGUAUUGAGGCACAUUGGGAUCGAUGAGAUGCUGAAGGAGAUAAGGGCAGCCCUGAGAAAAUGCUUUGAUCACAAAUUGCCAGAGCCAUGAAGCCUAUGAGUAUGAUAUGGUGAGGGAGACAAGGGCAGCCCUAACAAAAUGCUUUGAUCACAAAUUGCCAGAGUCAUGAAGCCUAUGAUAUGCUGAAGGAGGUAAGUCAGCAUAUCAUAGGCCUACUACCAUUGUUCAGUAGCAUAAAGGGAGUGAAGUGGACGGUCCCUUGGCACAUGCCGAAGAGUUCCCAACGGCAGUAAAAAGCCGUGGUUCGCACUUGCAGCAACAACACCAACUUUUGAAGGAUGAAGCCACCCAGGGGCGGACCUGCAUAUGUACACCUAAAAAGUUUGGCCAAAAAAUUGUAAUCCCAUAGUCAUAGCAUAUGUACAUAAUGUCGGUUAGGUGAGAAGAAAUAAAAAAAACAAAUUGUCUCGUCCCUUUAGCUUAAUGUUAGUAGGGAUGGUAACGGAUAAUGACUCUAGCGCUUUCUUCGCAA